AUGUGCAGCGCCCCGCACGACCCCUUCUACUCGUCGCCCUUCGGCCCCUUCUACCGGCGGCACGCGCCCUACGGGCUGCAGCCCGAGUACCGCGUCUACGAGAUGAACAAGCGGCUGCAGGCGCGCACCGAGGACAGUGACAGCCUCUGGUGGGACGCAUUUGCGACGGAGUUCUUUGAAGAUGACGCAACCUUAACUCUUUCGUUUUGUUUGGAAGACGGACCAAAGCGAUACACAAUUGGAAGGACCCUCAUUCCUCGUUAUUUUAGCACUGUCUUUGAAGGAGGUGUGACAGACCUGUAUUACAUCCUCAAGCACUCAAAAGAAUCAUACCACAACUCCUCCAUCACAGUGGACUGUGAUCAAUGCACCAUGGUCACUCAACACGGAAAGCCUAUGUUUACAAAGGUGUGCACAGAAGGACGUCUUAUCUUGGAAUUUACUUUUGACGACCUUAUGAGAAUAAAAACGUGGCACUUUACCAUUAGACAAUACAGAGAGUUAGUCCCUCGCAGUAUUUUAGCCAUGCAUGCACAAGACCCCCAGGUGCUGGAGCAGCUGUCCAAAAAUAUAACUCGUAUGGGUCUGACUAACUUCACCCUCAACUACCUCAGGUUGUGUGUAAUAUUGGAGCCAAUGCAAGAGCUGAUGUCAAGGCAUAAAACUUACAGUCUCAGUCCUCGGGAUUGUCUGAAAACCUGCUUGUUCCAAAAAUGGCAGCGGAUGGUGGCACCCCCAGUAGAGCCUACGAGACAGCCGACAACCAAACGGAGGAAAAGGAAAAAUUCGACCAGCAGCACUUCUAAUAGUAGUGCCGGGAACAACGCAAACAGCACCACUAGCAAGAAAAAAACAGCAGCUGCAAACCUGAGCCUUUCAAGUCAGGUACCUGAGCUAGGAGCACUCCAGAGCUGCAGCCUCAACCCUGGGAGGGAUGGAGCCUUGUGUCAUUCGACAACAGUGACCCCUACUGGCCAAUUUAAGGAGAAGCAUUGAGGGGCUCUGAAAGGCGUCACUUCCAGUCCUCCUCAGAGGACGUGAUGGUGGUUGGGGAACCAACUCUAAUGGGAGGAGAAUUUGGUGACGAAGAUGAACGGCUCAUCACCAGGCUAGAGAACACGCAGUACGAUGCAGCAAAUGGCAUGGAUGAUGA